AAUUAGUUCUCCUGCGUCUGAUCACUCUGAUGGCGCAUCAACAUAGCAAGUCCGCGAACUAGCCCAUUGCAUAGCUCGUAGGGGUUGUAGUGCAGCAUUCCUGCGCUAAAACACGUGUGCUUGUCAUUUAGUUUAUAGUCAAGGCUCGACGAACUCUAGUCAAAACUAAAUUGCAGCCUCUGUUAUAUACACGACUGUACACAAUAGCCCAAGGAUAACAAUGAUGAGGCGUGACAGGGACAGAGACCGAGACGACUGGCGCAGGGACAGGGACAGGGACAGGGAUCGCGACAGGAACCCCAGGCCCCACGCUGGGGUCCCCCACGCAGGGGUGCCCCUCACCCCAGUGGGGAGUGUCCCGCCGAAGCAGACCGCCAUGCAGCAGCAGACCAACCCCUUCACCAACCUGCCCCACACGCCCCGCUACUACGACAUCCUCAGCAAGCGCCUGCAGCUGCCCGUGUGGGAGUACAAGGAGCGCUUCAACCACAUCCUGGCCCACAACCAGAGCUUCGUCCUCGUGGGAGAGACGGGUUCCGGGAAGACCACCCAGAUCCCCCAGUGGUGUGUGGACAUGGUACGCUCCACCACAGGGCCCAAGAGGGCUGUGGCCUGCACCCAGCCCAGGAGGGUGGCGGCCAUGAGCGUGGCCCAGAGGGUUGCAGACGAGAUGGACGUCAUGCUGGGCCAGGAGGUGGGCUACUCCAUCCGCUUUGAAGACUGCAGCUCAGCCAAGACUAUGCUGAAGUACAUGACCGACGGCAUGCUUCUCCGGGAGGCCAUGAACGACCCCCUGCUGGAGCGCUACGGCGUCAUCAUCCUGGACGAGGCUCACGAGCGCACGCUGGCCACCGACAUCCUCAUGGGCGUCCUCAAGGAGGUGGCGCGACAGAGGCCUGACCUCAAGGUCAUCGUGAUGAGCGCCACCCUGGACGCCGGAAAGUUCCAGGUGUACUUCGACAGCUGCCCCCUGCUGACCAUCCCGGGGCGCACGCACCCUGUGGAGAUCUUCUACACCCCGGAGCCAGAGAGGGACUACCUGGAGGCCGCCAUCCGCACCGUCAUCCAGAUCCACAUGUGUGAGGAGGAGGAGGGAGACAUGCUGCUCUUCCUCACCGGACAAGAGGAAAUCGACGAGGCCUGCAAGAGGAUCAAGAGGGAGGUGGAGGAGCUGGGCUCGGACGCGGGCGACAUCAAGAUCAUCCCCCUGUACUCCACGCUGCCCCCCCAGCAGCAGCAGAGGAUCUUCGAGUCCGCCCCGCCCAGGAAGCCCGGCGGCGCCAUCGGGAGGAAGGUUGUGGUGUCGACAAACAUCGCUGAGACGUCCCUGACCAUCGAUGGCGUGGUGUUUGUAAUUGAUCCUGGAUUUGCCAAGCAAAAGGUGUACAACCCACGUAUCCGAGUGGAGUCCCUCCUGGUGACGGCCGUCAGUAAGGCCUCCGCCCAGCAGAGGGCAGGGCGGGCCGGCAGGACACGGCCAGGGAAGUGCUUCCGCCUCUACACAGAAAAGGCCUACAAGACAGAGAUGCAGGACAACACGUACCCUGAGAUCCUGAGGUCCAACCUGGGCUCGGUCGUCCUGCAGCUGAAGAAGCUGGGCAUCGAUGACCUGGUGCAUUUUGACUUCAUGGACCCACCUGCCCCAGAGACCCUGAUGCGAGCGCUGGAGCUGCUCAACUACCUGGCGGCUCUGAACGACGAUGGCGACCUGACCGAGCUGGGCUCCAUGAUGGCCGAGUUCCCCCUGGACCCCCAGCUGGCCAAGAUGGUGAUCGCCAGCUGCGAGUUCAACUGCUCCAACGAGAUCCUGUCCAUCACCGCCAUGCUGUCAGUCCCACAGUGCUUCGUCCGCCCCACGGAGGCUAGGAAGGCGGCCGACGAGUCCAAGAUGAAGUUCGCCCACGUCGACGGGGACCACCUGACCCUCCUCAACGUCUACCACGCCUUCAAACAGAACCAAGAGUCCACUCAGUGGUGCUUCGACAACUUUGUCAACUACCGCUCUCUGAUGUCGGCCGACAACGUGCGCCAGCAGCUGUCCCGCAUCAUGGAGCGCUUCGACCUGCCUCGCCGCAGCACCGACUUCACCAGCAGAGACUACUACGUCAACAUCCGCCGGGCUCUCACCACAGGGUUCUUCAUGCAGGUGGCCCAUCUGGAGCGUACCGGACACUACCUGACUGUGAAGGACAACCAGGUGGUUCAGCUGCAUCCCUCCACCGUGCUGGACCACAAGCCUGAGUGGGUGCUCUACAACGAGUUUGUGCUCACCACCAAGAACUACACCCGCACCUGCACCAGCAUCAACCCGGAGUGGCUGUUGAAGAUCGCCCCCCAGUACUACAACCUGGGGAACUUCCCUCAGUGUGAAUCCAGAAGGCAGCUGGAGCGCAUCGCGGCUAAACUCUCAAGCAAGGAACACUCUCAGUACUGAGCGGACACUCGUUGGAACAAUGUCAUCCUUAUUAUUUAUACAAAGUGGAUUGGACCUCUUUUCAACAAUCGUUUGAAAUGUGUAUUUUGUUUCAUUGUCCAUAUUAUAUCAUACUUUAGUUUGUUUUGUAUUCAUGUUUUGAAUCACCUGUCAUUUUUUAAACAAAUAGUUGCGUCUAAUGCUUAACAAGUUGGAAGGAGGGGAAAAAUGAUCGCCUAGUCCAUUGACCAUGUAAAGCAUGACCAUACAUCUGAAUGUCAGCAUUACUCUCAUGACUUGUGAAUUAUUUCAGAUGAACUUACUGUAGAUGGACACAGCCUGUGUAGAUUUAGUAAACCAGGAAAAGGACUUGUGGAGUGAAGGACGGGUUAUGCCAGUCUUGAUGGUCUCGUCCAGCUUCUGAGGGUGUGUGUCCUGGAUGUUAAAUAUUAUUUUUUGUGUUUAUGGUACUUGGAGAGAGAGGUUGGUUUAUCAAGGAUCCAACUGUAGGGAAAAGCAUUGUAACAGUGUCCUGGUUCAGUUUCCUGGAGGCACAGUGGAAUUACCUGAAUAAAGUCUGACUUUCAUAU